AUGUAAUAUCACGAGAACAUGUGUUCGAAAACAUAAACAACCAUUCUACUUUAUAAAUUAUAAUAUUUGGCCGUUGACAUUACCUCAAACAGUUCGAGCAAGUUCUCGACGAGCAACAGACCUGCUAAGUAACAGUAAUUAAAGUGAUUGCAGUGUUUUAAAUUAAUAGUGCCUUCUCGUAAUCGAAAGUAUACCACUGUAUUUUAUUAAACGUUAAGAAGAUGUCUUCCAAUAUCAAUUACAACAAAAGGGUUCUUAAUUUUGGAGCCGGACCUGCUAAGUUGCCUUUGGAAGUAAGUUUGACCGAUUUAUUUUUUGAAUUUUUCGUAUUAAGGAUUAUUCGUAAACCCCAAACUUUAAGAAACUUUUUUGACAACGUNUUAAAAAUGUUAAUUAUUAUUUAUUUAUUUUAUUUCAGAUAUGUGCCAGACAAUUACAAAAUAUUACUGAUGCAAGGGGGUGGCACAGGGGCUUUUGCAUCAGUAGCACUCAAUUUAAUGGGCAGAAGUGGUAAAGCUGAUUAUCUAGUGACAGGCAUUUGGUCUGGGAAAGCGUCGAAAGAAGCAGCAAAGUUUGGUAAAGUCAAUCUGGUGGCCCCCAAAUCAACAAAGCCCGGCACUGCCCCGCACCCCUCCACAUGGAAAUUGGACCCAGAAGCCUCCUACUUUUAUUAUUGCCAUAACGAAACUGUCGAUGGAAUUACCAUCCAAAAUAUUCGCCAAACUGGUAACGUACCCAUUGUAUGUGACAUGUCCUCCAGUCUUAUGACCCAAAGGGUGGACAUUUCUAAGUAUGGCAUCAUAUUCGGUGGCACCCAAAAGAACCUAGGACCCUCAGGAGUAACCAUUGUAAUUGUUAGGGAAGAUCUUAUGGGAAACCCCCUUCCAUGCUGCCCCACCAUACUCGACUAUGGCCACGUCAGCGACAUGAAUUCUAUUCACAAUACACCAACCACCUUCUCGGUUUAUGUAAUGGAGAAGGUUUUACAGUGGGUCAAGAAGAACGGAGGGGUUGAAGAGAUGGAAAGAAGAGCCAUCGCAAAAAGUCAACUUUUGUACAACACAAUUCACAACUCGAACAAAUUCUAUUCGAGUCCUGUGGACGAGGAAAUUCGUAGCAGAAUAAAUAUACCCUUCAGGGUUGGAGGACCCAACGGGGACGAAAAGUUAGAAAAAUUAUUUUUACAAGGUGCCGAAAAGCUUGAGAUGUACCAAUUGAAAGGACACAGAUUGGUCGGUGGCAUGAGAGCAUCCCUUUAUAACGCAGUUACGUACGAAGAAGUAGAAUUAUUAGUAAACUAUAUGAAUGCAUUUCAAAAACAACACUCGUUAUAGAUAAUUUGACAAAACUAAACUCGACUGAACCUAUAUUAAAACUGGUUAAAUGAUAAUUAUCUUAAAUUUAAUCGUAUGACUGUGAUAUAAUUGAUAUUGUGGUCAUAAAAAUGUAUUUUUUACUUUUCUUCCGAUAUAAUACAAAAGAACAAACAAGA